UCUGCCUUACAUCAGAAACAGUUUAAAGAAGAGGCAAAUUGUUGAAAUAACGCAGAGUAUAAACGUGAAGUAUUUUUAAAAUACAUUCAAAAAUGAUACUCAGAUGACGCUCCUUUUACCUACAUUCUCACUCACUCUCAUCACAAACGCUCACAAUGUCAGACAAUGUCACACAGGAUAAUGUGUGCCCACUGCUCGAUGUGGAGCAGCUCUAUUCAGGCCAGGGUAGGCUGAAGGCCUCCUUUUCCACAAUGGCCCGUCACCAUGCCAACAGAAGCGGUGCCAACCACAGUGCCAGCUUGGCACGGCCCCCGUGUUAGCAGUGUAUGAUUCAAGGGCAUUAAAGCACAAUGUGGGGGGUUCCAGUUUAUAGACAACUGUGCCAGGAUUCCCACCACAGUUUGCUUUGAAACAGCCUGUCAUUCAUCGCUCUCUGCUACUUCCCCUCCUCUCGUGCUGUUGGCCUGAGCAAGAAGCGUUAACAAUCCAUCUUCUGAAAAUUUGCUUUGCAUGCACAGAAGCACUGGUCAUGCUUUAAUGUGCUAUAUUUACUCACAAGCAGUACAUAAAACAAGAGAAUCAAAUAUUUCACCACAGGUCUCCUUCAAGGGUGGGCGCUGAACAGUAAGCGUUUGCUACACCCUCAUUAAGGAUUGAUGAUCCAGAAGAGAUAAUAACAUCUUUGUUGAUUUGUUAAAUUGGUGCCUGCCAUUUCUUAUGUUAAAUUAAUCUUGUAAUGAGUUAUCAAGUGGCAUGUGUUUGUGAUUUUAAUUUUUAACCAUCGCCAGCUUAACAUUAACUGUCAUCCCUGUCUCCUCGCCUUGCAGUGCUCAGAGCAAGUGACUGUGAUGGGCUGUCGGACUGCAUCUGAAGUACUCCACCGAGGAAUAAUAUCCACUCCUGACCUACACUGAAGAACAAUAUUUGAUUCAAUCAAUGUUGCAGCCUCCCCUGGGGGGAAUUACUCCUGAGCGAUAGGUGGACCUUCAGAAAAGAGCAACAGUGGACCAUGUGAUACUUGACCUUCAGGGAGAGAACUCAGAUACACUCCAGAAGAUGUCAAAUCUGAUCUGAAGCUGUUCUCGAGAGGAUCACCAAGCUCAUAACUCAGUCAUCUUUUCACGUGUUGUUUAGCCAUACUCAAACACCAUGGGCCAGCAGUGACGGAGGGUACUUAUCAAUGCUGGAUCUUCAUUUAUUGAGGAGGACAAUAAAUCUCACCAUGGAUUUGAAAGAGAUUUUCUCCACUGUAGCGCGACUGUGAGAAAGACCAGAGUGGGGGAACUGGACACUGGGAGUUGGAGGAUUAGCUAGUGUGCUGCUAACCCAUGGUGGAUCUGCUGUGAGCAGGAUAAGGGACUCAGCAGUGGAGGAUGUCAGCAGAGGCCGAGCUCCAGCCGGGUGUCAAAACCAGCCAACGAAAGGAGUCUAGGAGGAUCAAAGGUCAGGACCGCAGCGAGGCGGGGCUUAUUAAGCGUUUCCGUGGAGAUGGUGUGCGCUACAAGGCCAAGCUGAUCGGGAUUGAUGAGGUGACAGCGGCGCGCGGGGACAAGCUGUGCCAGGACUCCAUGAUGAAGCUGAAGGGAAUGGCUUCCUCGGCACGUUCCAAAGGGGAGCAUAAGCAGAGAGUCUUCUUGACGGUCUCUUUCGGCGGGAUCAAGAUUUACUGUGAAAGAUCAGGGGUGCUCCUGCAUCACCACUCAGUCCAUGAAAUCAGCUACAUUGCCAAGGACACCAGGGACCACCGGGCCUUUGGCUAUGUCUGCGGGAAGGAGGGCCACCACAGGUUUGUGGCCAUCAAGACUGCGCAGUCGGCGGAGCCUCUCAUCAUUGACCUGCGUGACCUCUUCACGCUCAUCUACGACAUUAAACAGCGAGAGGAGAUGGAGAAGAAGGCCCAGAAAGACAAACAGUGUGAGCAGGCAGUCUACCAGACCAUCCUGGAGGACGAAGUGGACGAUCCAGUUUAUCAGUACAUAGUGUUUGAGGCUGGACACGAACCCCUCCGUGGCCCCCAGUCAGAGGAGAGCGUGUAUCAGGUCCCAACCAGUCAGCAGAAGGAAGGGAUCUAUGAUGUCCCAAAACGCCAUUUCAUGACUAAUAUCAACCACUUUGAUCUUUUCGGAGACAUGUCCACUCCUCCCUCGAUGCCCCCAUCACCUGCCAACACACUGGACCCGAGCAGGAGCAGCCGCCAGCAGCAACACAAUCCUGCUGAGAUGUACGCCCCCUUCAGCCCCACCUCUGUGCCGUCAGGUUAUAUGACCAUGGGCCCAGUGCAGGCAGCCCAGUGGGCGCAGCAGCCGUUUCCUGCCCAGGCUCAGACUCUAGCCUUCCCCGUGCAGGGGCCCCUCCAGGUGGCUCAGGUCCUCCCCGGUGGUCAGCCGGUCAUCUGGAGCCAGGCCAACAUUUUCCCAGCCACUCAGCAGCAGUGGGCAGCCAUGGCAGCCUAUAUGCCGGCCCAGACUGUGGGCGUGGGGGGCCAUGCCAUCCCAGCUGCCAUGCUCCAAGGCCUGGUACCCAUUACCACCAUGUGCCCCCAAGCCUGCGACCUAUCAGCCCCAUCCUCGGCCAUCACCAGCCCCCAGCACACGGCCGACCCCGCCCUGCUUCAGCGGCAGCUGAGCCUGAGCAAAGAAGGCCUUGGCUUGGACUCAGACGCAGGCGAGGGCCCCUCUACAUCAGGGGCUGGAGCAGCAGCAGGUGUGGGAUCUGGUGUUGCGUCAGCAGCGGUGAGCAGGUGUGGGACUCCAGGCCUCAUGAGUGUACCAGACACACUGGCCUGCAGUCAGCUGAUGCCACCUUCAGCUGCUGCGACCCAGGAAGAGGAAGGGAGCUGUAGUGACCUUGAUCUCUCUCGGAUGACCUUGAGCCCAGGUACAUCCACGUCACCGUCUACUGAAUCUCUUGGCUAUUGUCACUUUGCAGCCUCCACUCCAGCCCCACAGCAGAGCUCUUCUUCAGACUGCCCCCCCUCCCAGGCCAGUGACCCCCCGACAGAUCACUCCCCUGUAGACCCAGAGGGCAACUCCAGCAACGCCACGGAGGAACAAUCGGGCUCUGUUGUUGCAAGGUCGGUCUCUCCAGUGCCCAGUGAAGCUCCUGAUCCCCCGCAGGAUCAGACCUGUCCACAGGAAGACAUGUUUCUAUUUUUCCUUGUGGAUGAGUGGUUCCCUGCCAACUGGAAAAGAGCCUUGAGAGCUGAGCAGUGUUGUCUCUGCAUUCACUGCCAGUCAGAACACAUCACCAUGAUUUCUGUGGUGUUACAGAGGAGUGCGUUUAGUUUGCAGUGGCAUCUUCUCCAUGUUAUUUUGAGCUUGUUGCUGCUAAGUGAAGCUGCCGUCACAACAGUUAGCAAUGAAGACCCCAGUGUUCGUGAAGCUCGGUCAGUGGGCGAUCGGGUGGUAGUUAACCCAGCGGACUGUGCUUUAUCAGAAUGGAGCAGGUGGUCACGCUGUGACACCUGUCAGAAAAAGAGAUAUCGCUUUGCUAAACUCACCAAGCCAUCUCAGUUUGGUGGGGAGCCAUGCAAUUUUCAUGGCAGGGAGGAGGAGGCCUGUGCGGUUCCAGACCGCUACGCCUGUGACAACAUUCCUCUGUGUGAAGGUUUCCUCUGCACCGAAACAGGUCGCUGUAUACCAAGAACUCUGAAAUGUAAUGGCGAAGAUGACUGCGGGGACAUGUCAGAUGAAGCAGGCUGUAGGAGGGGUCAGAAGCCCUGCAGGCAGGAGGCCGAAGAGUACUGGGGAAUUGAGAACCUUGCCAAAGGUAUCAACAUCUUGAACAGUAACCUGGAGGGAGUUGUGCUUGAUAACAGAUACUAUGCUGGUAGCUGCUUGCCACACUACAUCCAGGAUGCCAGAUUCAGGAAGCCUUACAACUUGCAACAGUACACUCUACAGACAAAAGGCUCAUAUGAUUUCACACUUCAGUCUUUUGACUCGUACUCUGAGUACAUGGACCACACCAUAAUGGAACGAUCUACCAAAAUCUCUGUUUCUUUUGGCUUUUCCAUCCCAGGCAUAUUUGAGUUUGGCUUCAACCACAAUCAGGACAAAUACACCAAGUCAGAAAAGAAGAUUCGCCGUGCCUCAGGCAAAACUAACAGCUUUGUGAGGGCCAAAGCAGAACUGGAGUUGGCCCAGUACAUGCUGAAGUCAGAUGAUUUGAUGCUUCACCCUGAGUUCCUGCAGCUACUGCGCUCCUUGCCACAGUCCUAUGUUUAUGGGGAAUACAGACAGAUCUACAGAGACUACGGCACCCACUAUAUCACAGAGGCUACUCUCGGAGGAGAGUAUGAGCACACCAUCAUCCUGAACAAAGAAAGGCUUGAGAAGACAGAUUAUUCUUUGGAAGACUACAAGAAGUGUGUGAACGCAGGCCUUAAAGUUGGGGUCAACAUACAAGGCGUUUAUGUGUCGGCUGGGGCUCACGGUGGAUCUUGUAAUGGCCUGCUGAAUGAGAUGGGAAAGGACACAGAGAAUGGCAGCAUGGUGGAGGAUUUUGUUGCUGUCGUAAAGGGUGGUACCAGUGAAUCCAUCUCCGCUUUGGUGUCUAAGAAGCUUCCCACCCCACAGCUGAUGAGGCUAUGGGGUGAAGGUGUGCAUUUCAACCCUGAUUUCAUUCGCAUGACUACACGGCCGCUGUAUGAGCUGGUGACCUCCAGAGAUUUUGCCCAGGCUGACAUCCUGAAGAGAAACCUGAAGAGAGCCCUGUCAGAGUACCUGGAAGAGGCUAGUCCAUGUCGAUGCGCUCCCUGCCACAAUAAUGGAGUGGCUGUUCUGAGAGGUACCAGGUGUGACUGUGUGUGUCCUGUUGGCUACAGUGGACGGGGCUGUGAGAUCACUAAGAGAAAAAAAGAUAUCGCCAUCGAUGGCAGCUGGAGCUGCUGGGGUUCGUGGUCAUCUUGCAGUGGAGGAACAAUGACAAGGAGUCGCCAAUGUAACAAUCCAGCACCCAGCAAUGGAGGCAUGCAAUGCCACGGACUGCAGCAGGAUUCUACUGAAUGCUUUUCAAAUCCGUUCUCCAAAUAAAGAUUUAUAAACACUUCCCUAAAAAUUGAUCAUUAGUCUGUGGUGUUUUGUCAUUUGACUGCCUAGUGUGACUAUUAUAAUUCAUAUUUGAACAAUGACAGAUUCACCAGAAGGGAUUAUGUU